CCCAAUGAUGGUGUUUGGGCCUAAGCCCAACUACAACACAAAGACAUAAUUUCGACGCCAGCGCGCAAGAUUGACGGAGAAGAAAGAUGAGUGCCGAAAAAGAAUCCUCUGUCUCUCAACGUCGCUUGUCCUGCACUAAAUGCUUCGACGCUCUCUGGUUUUGCUAUUCUCCGGUUCAUCAAUUGCAACAGUAUUACAGAGAAGGAGUUUUGGAUAAUUGCUAUGGAAAAUGGAGUGCUCUUUGGGAUUGUUUGUAUUUGAAAACCAAGCCCUCUUCUCAACUCCAGGAAAUUCUGGAGGCUCGUGAGAAAGCCGAGUCUCAUAUUUGGACAUUUCGGACACCCGAAGAAGCACAAGCUUAUUGGAAGCAAGAAUUUGGACAUUUAAAUGGUCGAGAAUCGAAAUAGACUAUUAAGCUGCUUGUUGCAGACUUACAGCUGAGUUUUCUUGUUUUUUUCCCCUUUAAGUUCCAGUUGUUACCUUUUAGCUAUUGCAAUAAAUCAAUUUAAAUCAAA